UUUUGAACGUCCAAAGUCCACCGUUGCAAAUGGACAAUACGUCUUUUUAAUUCAUUAAUGUAGAAGCACAAUUUAAAGAGCCCAAAAAUAUACAUACAGAGAAGGAAAUAGAAACCCUACAUUAAGCUCAAAGCUAAAAGCUAAAAGCCAGGCUAUAAGAGAGUGCCAUAGCUCAAUUCGUGGCAGCCCAUCAUUUUCUGCUUUUCUUCACCACGCAGACCUUCGUACCGUCAAUAAAAUUAAGUCUUAUCUUAUCCAGAAAAUAAAUGGACUUCAAUCUGCUGGCUUUUUUAAGAAUUUCCCAAAAUCUCAAGUACUGGAAAGUAAAUCUCUAAAAAGCUAGCAAACAAAAAGUUAAUAGAAUUUGACUACCAGUGCCAAAUGCUACAGCGCAUUAGAUUUUUAGCAAUGGCAGCAACUUCCUCUUACCUAGCUGGUGCAAAGUUCUCUAUGCUGGGUUGGCUUGGAGGCAGAAGAGAACUGAGAAGGAGACACAUAAUCUCUGUUUCAGCUCAGCAGCAAGCUGAAGUCCAAGGAUCACAGGAAGUGGAUGCACAAGAAGAAAAAGAGCUAGAACAGGAGAAAGUGAAGCAACCAACGCAACCAAGACCAGUGGAACCACAAGUGAACGUGAAGAGCAAGAACAUGAGCAGGGAAUAUGGAGGGCAGUGGCUCAGCAGCGUCACACGGCACGUGAGAAUCUAUGCUGCCUACAUUGACCCAGAAACUUGUGAGUUCGAUCAAACUCGGAUGGAUAAGCUCACCCUUAUCCUUGAUCCUACAGAUGAGUUCGUUUGGACAGAAGAGAGUUGCCAUAAGGUUUACUCCUACUUCCAGGAGCUUGUGGAUCACUACGAGGGUGCCCUGUUGACAGAAUACACACUGCGACUGAUUGGUUCGGAUAUAGAGCACUACAUUAAGGAAGCUGCUGUAUGAUGGAGAAAUCAAAUACAACAUGAAUGCAAGGGUCCUGAAUUUCAGCAUGGGGAAACCACGCAUUCUAUUUAACAAUGAUGGCCAGCUGGAAGAUGUACAAUCAUAAGAUACAGAUAGGGUGUCCAGACAAAACAUAGACGAAAGCAUCAAGUUGAGAUGUGGAAUGUUUAAAUACGGUUUCAUACUGACGGCUCAUCUCCACGAGCUGCUAAAAGUUGCAUCAGUAUUUAGCAUUCUAUACAUUGGCACCUUCUACCUGGUAUAGUUUUUGGAAGUACAACCUUCGCAUCUA